GAGCUGAUGAAGAGGAGGGAGAUGAAGAGGGCGGAAGUUAUUUUAUUUGUAAAUGAAUGAAAGCUGUCGGAGGAAAUAUUCCGCAGUAAAAUUAAACAUUUUGAAACCGUCCAACCCUGGUCUUUUAUUGUGAAAGUCUGUCCCGGAAGCAGAGGUCUCUCCUCAGCACCAGCUCGGCCCCUCCCCCUCCCUCAGGUGAGACAGCAGCAUCUCGGGAACAUCAUGGACGACGUCCCGCCGAUCAUCAACAUCUCCGUGUCCCUCCGGAUCCAGCCCAACGACGGACCCGUUUUCUUCAAGGUGGACGGGACCCGCUUCGGCCAGACCCGGACCAUCAAGCUGCUGACCGGAUCCAAGUACCGGAUCGAGGUGGCCGUCAAGCCCGGAACAGUGGAGGCCACGAACAUGAACAUCGGGGGGAUCAUCUUCCCUCUGGAGCAGGGGUCCAGAGACGAGGAGACGGUGGUCUAUCAGGGACAGUAUGACACCGAGGGGGUCCCGCACACCAAGAGUGGAGACCGCCAGCCUGUCCAGGUCAGCAUAGAGUUCAACAAGGCUGGGACCUUUGAGACGGUCUGGCAGGCCAAGUACUACAACUACUACAAGAGGGAGCACUGCCAGUUCGGCAACAAGUUCAGCUCCAUCGAGUACGAGUGCAAACCCAACGAGACCCGGACCCUGAUGUGGAUCAACAAGGAGGUCUUCAACUGAGCCGGGACGUCUUCCUGAACCUGUCCUCUCAAGUCCAGUUAGUUUGGUCAGCUGGACUUUAAGAUGUGUGUGUGUGUGUGUGU